UUUAAUUCCACUGUCUAAUCAAUCACCCCCUGAAUUGUCAAAGGCGUCAACCAUAUUCCAACUAGUCUCUCACUCACUGUUCCCCUUCCCUCACAACACAACAACAUGAUUUUUCUCUCUUCAUCUCCCAAUAUAAAUACUAACAUGUUUUGAACCGUUUCCCAUUCAUUCAUUUCCACUAGCCUCUCAUAACCCCAAAUAGAUCUUCAACACACUGAAUUCUGAUGCACCCAAACAUCACUAGCUCACAACAUCAACUGAUCUAGCAAACAUACUUUCAUGUAUAGUUGACAGGCUGAAGCAAACAACACCAACAACAAAAAAAUCAACAUCAACUUGUACAACAACAACAUCAACCAUGGCAGAUGAUCAGUUUCAAGCUAGUGGAAACUGGUGGGAAUCAGCAAGAAACGUGAGAUUUGAAAGUGGGGAAUCACAGUCUUCAUCUUCUGGUCUCACCAACUUUGGUGGCUGGCAACAACAACAGCAUCAUCAUCAUGAUAACACCAUUUCUGCCUCUGUCAGUAAUUCCUCUGUGGUUUUCCAUGAUUCUCAGAAGCUUCAACCUCCAGAUUCUGCAGCCACUUCUGCCACCAACGACCCCAACUUGCACAUGAUGAUGGGUUUGGGCCUUUCAUCUCGAGCCAUGGAUUGGAAUCAAGCAUCUUUGCUACGAGGCAGCGAGAAGGCUUCAGAGGGAAGUUUCAGGUCCAUGCUGCAAGAGAAUUCAAGCCCCAACUUUCAGCAAGAAACUGAGGGUGUUGGUGUUGGUGUUGGAUUGUCUCAAGUUCAUUGGAGACCAGAAAAAUUGUUCACUGCAGACUCUUCUAGCAAUGAUUUCAAGCAAGUUGUGAACAGGGGUUUCUCUUUGGAUCAGACACAGUUUAGUCCUCAAUAUAGCUCUGGAGACAGUAAUGUGACAAGCCAAAGUUUGCCUUGUAACUUUCAGAUUGAUCAUUCCUAUGGGAACUCUUCAAUAUUACAAGGACUAUUAGGACCUGAUCAAAGCAAUAAUCAUCAACAACCCCAGCAAGGUUCAUUUGAGAAUCGUCCCAUGAAUAAUUUUCCAUACUCACCAAGCUAUGGCUUCAAUAACUCCAAUAAUGAGUUAGUUCCUUCUUGGUCUAAAGUUCCUCAAUUCUUAAGAGCUUCACCUCCCAAACAACCACAAGCGAAUAACCAGUUGCAUUUUACCAACAACGCUCCCUUUUGGAACGCUUCUGAGGCUCCUAUUAAGGAUGCUCGAUCCAGCUUCUUCCCUUCUUUGCAAUCCCCAUUUCCUACACCAAGUUUUGAUACACAAUCAAAGAAUAUAUCUGAAGUAAGGGACUCAAGUGCUGUGGUGAAGAAAAGUGGGAGUGAGCCAGCUCCAAAAAGGUCCAGGAAUGAAACCCCAUCACCUUUGCCAGCUUUUAAGGUGAGAAAAGAGAAGAUGGGGGACAGAAUUACUGCACUCCAACAAUUAGUUUCACCUUUUGGAAAGACUGAUACAGCCUCAGUGCUCUCUGAAGCCAUUGAGUAUAUCAAGUUUCUCCAUGAACAAGUGACUGUUUUAAGCACCCCAUAUAUGAAAAGUGGAGCUCCAAUACAGCAUCAACAGAAUUCUGGUAAAUCCAAGGAAGCUGAGGGUCCAAAGCAGGAUCUAAGAAGCCGAGGGCUAUGUUUGGUGCCAGUGUCUAGUACAUUCCCAGUGACUCAUGAACCAACAGUUGAAUAUUGGACACCAACAUUUGGAGGCACUUACAGAUAAAUUAAUGGGGAAAAAAAAGAGUGGCACGGAACCAAUACUCAGCAACUAGGAGAUGUCUAAUCAAAAGCCUGGCCAAGUUGGGAAUGAUAAGAUGAUAGAAAAGAGAAACAGGAGAAAGGACACACAAGACCACAUAAAUGUGUAAAGUUAGUUAGGCUCUGCUUGGAUGGAAAGGAUAAUAAAAUAAGAGAGGAGAUGGUAAUUGUGUUUAAAGAGGAAGAAGAAAGGGAAAUGACCCUUUAAAAGAAAAGCCAUAGAUGGACCAAUUACAAGCAGAAUGGAGCAUGGUUUUUGGCCAAUUUUGGGGACCAUUGGAGCACAUUUUUAAGUUGUUGUAAUAAUUCAGAGUUAUGCUUACAUGGGUGAGAUUGAAUGACAAGGUAUGUGUUUGGAUAUCACGCAAUGUAAAUAGAUUUUUAUCUCAAUUUUAAAGAGAAAUUUCAUUAACUUUUAUUUGAUAAUAUUUAUUUGCAGUGGUCCAACACAUAUCCAAACAUACCCUUAAAUUGUUUAAUGUAAGGAAGUUUCUUAGGGAGAAAUUGUUGUUAGGAGGAGAUAAAGGAGCUUUACCAAUUUCUUCUUGUGUUGUGAAUAGCUUUAGUACAAGUUAAAGAAAUGUAAUUGGAGGGAAUCAUUGAAAUAUAGAAUAGAAGAGUGAGUGAAUGUGGGGAUAUGUCAUUUGAUUGGGAAAUCUCACUUUUGAUUUGUUUAUUUAUUUGGAAUAUGUAAGUGGAAGUCAGAGGGUGGCCCACAUUGCCCCUUUCAGUUUUUGUUUUGAAAUUCAGUUCAAAUUAAA